CGGGAAGAAUGUUAAUGGACGUGAUUGUCUAAACAUAGAUUCUUAACGCUACCAUUUUUGACGGAAACAUGUUUUAGAUGAGAUCAGCGAAGAUGGAAGGCUAUACGAAUGAAGAUGAGAAUUUCACCAGACUUCAGUUGUUACUGAUGAAAUGCGGAACUCCGGUAGCUGUUGAAUUGCUCAUUGAUAGAAAGAAUGCGUUGUCGCCAUCAACUUAUAAGCCUGAUCCAUGGACACUGCAUGAAUUUCUUAAGGACAAAGAGGAUAGCAUCACCAAACGAAUAAAAACACAACAUAUAAUGAAACAAAAAAGCAUAUUAGAGAAACUCUUUCCAAAAGAUCAAAACGAUCUCAAUCCGAACGAGUGGGAUUUACCUUUGCUAAUAUUUGUCAUAACAACAUGUUGUCAAAUGUCGUCAGGAGAUUUCAUUGUUCAACACUUGUAUAAAAUGAAAGAAGUGAGGAAUACGCUUUGUCAUACCAAUCGUCCAUCCAUAUCGACGGCUAAAUAUGAAACAAUGAGAGACAGAGUUCAUGGAGCUAUUAAAGAAAUUCUGAACUACAUCGACAAUAGCAGCUUAAGAGAAAGAAUUAAGGAAGAGAUGCGAAAAUACAAAAAGGAUGCAAUAGGUUCGCUGACAGCUUUCAAAACAAGUUUAGACGAAUGGUUUAACCAUGAAAGGCAACAAACAGACAUUCUGCUUGAACUUAAAGAAGACGUUGCUAAAGUUGGCGAAAAAGUGAUACAAGUUGACGAAAAAGUGACACAAGUUGACGAAAAAGUGAUACAAGUUGACGAAAAAGUGACACAAGUUGACGAAAAAGUGACACAAGUUGACGUAAAAGUGGCAGAAGUUUUAAAACUUGGUGAAGCCAUUCAGACUAUGCUUAAUGUUGUUAGGAUUGGGAUCUGUCAGAGCGAUCUUGGGAGUAAGAUUCCAGUCCCUGUUACCAGUGCCCCGAUGAUAACAAUCAGCAGGACCGAAGAGGUGAAGGAAGCGGCUCUUCUUUUCAUAAGUGCAUGGUCGGACCAUUCUUCGAAAGAAGGCAUACAACAGGCAAUACAUGAGGCGAUGACGCGUAUUUGGGGAACCAACGAAUGUGUCGAUGUCAAACUUGCUUGUGUGCUUUUUGAGAUCAAGUGUCCAUCCCUUGAAGCCUUAGUCUCGCUUCUUGAAGACUGUGCCUCUGGAAAAUUGACAACUUUUGUGAAACCUGUCGAAACGGAAAUGCGAAAGGAAGAUAGAUGGAAGAAUAUCGAACUGGACGUGACAUUAAACGAAACGGAAUUAAAGAAAACUAUCGACGAAAUCAUUAGCGAGGCAGAACUGAGUAGGGUGGUUGAAAACGCGCAAUUAGAUGAGCCAAUGAAUGAGACUACAGAUUCAGCAACUGGAUGCUUUGAAAACACCGAUGAAUUGAGAACACACGAGCAAAAACAGCUUGCACUGAACGAGAUAUUCACCUCAUCUGAUAUGGACAGAAGACAGUUGAAGAAUAAAAUCAUCAUAUCUUAUGCAUUACACGAGGACGUUGAUGAAGUCAAAAUAGAGGGUGCUCUGAACAGUUACUCUAUUGAAAAGAUAGAAACAGACGAAGAAAACAAAGUGGCUGUGAUUGAAUUGAAAGAUUCAAAUGAGGCAAUGGCGAUUUUACAAAAACGCCCAGUGUUGAUAGACAACGCUCAAGUGCAAGUUGAAAUGUUUGUUCCGGAGCCUAUGCAUACCGUCAUGGUUGAAUUUGGUACACAAGACCGAGAUGACCCAGAGACAACUUUGAACGAUCUGGUUGUGUAUUUGGAUGGAGAAACUAACUGUUACGUUUCUGAGGAAACCUCAUGGUAUGAUCCCGGUCUGGAUAAAUUCUUCGUGACUUUGGAUGACUCGGACGACGUAGGCAAUGUCGUUUCGAAGAGGAAACACAACAUAAACGGAAGAUUCGUGACUGUUUCUCGGUAUAAAUACACACUGAAAAACGACCCGGAAGAAGUUGAGGAGGAGUUAUUUUGUGGAAAUGUUGUUAAAGUUGCCGGUGUUAAAAGUGCUGAAAGUCGAGAUAUAAUAAUGCUAUACUUUGAGGACAAAGACCAGUCGGGCGGAGGCGAUGUUCAUGAUGUUGAAAGCGAUAGUGAAAAUGAGGACGUCAUCUAUAUAAGAUUUAAAAGAGUAGAUGAUGCUCAAGAGGUUGCCCGCAAAAGAAGGCAUGAUGUUGCAGAUGCAAAGCUGUCAACAACCUUACACAAUAUUCCACGAACACAGCGCGUUUACAAAGACAAACUGCUCAUAAAAUGUUUGCCGAACUUGAAGAAUCUUGAAAAUAGUAUUGGCAUAUAUCUUAAGACUGUCGGGAAGUGUGUUGUAGUAAAGGGCAGUCUCGUGAUGCAUUAUGAGCACAAAGAUAUUGGGAUGGUCACUACGGAACAAGAAAUAGAUUUUGAUCGCUUGAAAGACAAAUGUAAGGAAAGGAAAUUUGUUGGUAAGAAAUUACGAUGUUCGAGUGUACCGAUGACGAAGACAAUUCUAGUGGCAUCCACAAAUGAAUGGAGAGUACGGCGAAUUUUGAAAAGCAAGCAGUUUAGCCUUGAAGGGCAAAUUGACACCAUUGCAGAAUAUUCGAAUGUUUGCGCAGUGUCAUUCAAAGAUCAUGACAGUGUUGAAAUAGUGUUGAAAAAGGGACUUGCGUUGGGAAAGCAACAACUGAAGGUGACUCGGUAUUUUGAAUGCAUCGGUAAAGGUGAAGAUGGCUUAGUAUUACCAAAGCAAACACCACCUGUCAAGGAAAAGAGCUCAUUUUUGCCUUCGACAAGCACUGUUCCACCUGUUGGACUCCCCUUACAUUGUCACACAACGUUCAACAGUACAAGAAUAUACGCCUAUCAUGGCGACAUUACCACGUUAUCGGUAGACGUAAUUGUCAACCCAUCCGAUUCCCGCUUGACGAUGCUAGGACUGCUUGGGAAAGAAAUUGAAAAACGUGGAGGACGUGAGGUUGUCGAGGAAUGCAAAAUUCGUGUCCUCGAGGGACCGAUGACAUCAACUGAAGUAUUUGUCUCGAAUGGUGGAAAGUUAAGAGCUGCGAAAAUAGCCCACAUUGUGACACCGCAGUGGGGAGGCCGACCGGAGGAUGAAAGAAGCAUUCUUAGCGAAAUUGUGACGAACGUUUUGAUUACCGCCUCGAAAACUUUCAAGAAAAUUGCAUUCCCAGCGGUUGGAUGUGGUGUAGGAAAGUUUCCAAAAAAAAUCGCAACACAAGAAAUAGUCAGCGCAGCGAAGAAAUAUCUACAGGAAAACAAAGAAACCGCGCUGACAGAUUUAUACUUCUGCGACACAAACCAGGACACAGUUUGCCACUUUACGAAUGCUAUGGAAAAGGAGUUUAGUGAAGGAAUUGUCGAAAUAGCAGCUACUGGACAACAACGGUUUCAGCACUCGUUCCCAGAGAUGACACACGGCGAUAUUCUGGAACCAACCCGUCAUACACACCCAUCGAGAGAAAAGCGCUCUACGAUGAUUGAUUCUCCAACCAGAAUUGAAAGACCUGCAGCACGACAAAGACGUUCAAAAGUAUGUUCUUCUACACAAAUCGGAGGCAUAACGAUUAAUCUUGUAACGGAAGAACUGGCAAAAUUUGAAGCUGACGUUCUGGUGAAUUCUACCUCACCGAACCUACAGUUAAAAUCUGGAGGUGGGGUUUCAGCCAGCAUUAGCAAAGAGGCUGGACCUGAAAUAGAGGAAGAAAUACGAAGAAAAUAUCCGGGCGGAAUUGAAGUGCUUGAAUUUGCUGAGACGUCUGGAUAUCGUUUGAAAUGCAAGAAAGUUUAUCAUGGCUCUGUUAUCAAGUAUAAUACGGAAUCGGAAUACAGACCCGAAGAGACUUUGACAAUGCUUAUGACCCAGUGUCUUGAGAGGGCAAACCUGAGUUACAAAUCGAUAGCUUUUCCUGCGAUCGGUACUGGUAACCAAGGGUUUCCAAAAGAUGUAGUCGCUCGUGUGAUGUUCGCUGCCGUUGAAAGGUUCGCUCGUGAAAACCCAGAGCCUGUUCUCAACGUGGUAUCGUUUGUGAUAUUUCCAGGCGAUAAAACUACUUUUCAGGCAUUCCAAGCAGAAAUGUUCAAUAGGAAAGAAUAGAAAUGCACUCAACCGUGACUUCAUGCAAGUCUGCGAUGUCUGACAAACGCGGCUUAUUUGUAAUUUACAGAAAAACAAACAUUGUCGCAUUGUCACUGUAGUUUCGAUUGCAGUAUUAUAAUGUUGCCCUUUUGGUUGUGGGCAUGUCGUGAUCUUCUCGUUUUAUGUCCCUGUAUCUAAUUAUUCAGCGGUAUCAGGGUAUUGUAAUUUAACGUCUCCAUGUUUGUCAUGAUUAGGUUUAAUUGAUCGCCGCAAUACAUAGUAUGGUCGUUUAGUUUUUUAGCUCUGUAUUUUGACAAAACAAAACAAUGUGUGAUAGUUUUGGUGUCAUUGCCGUCGUCCAGAAACAUUACCCUUAGCUAUCACGAAAAAUAUUAUGUGUUUACAUGUUACCAGUAACAACAGACAAAUAUGUAGCAAAUGCAAUGUCUCUGUCUUAAAUUAUCGCUGCCAUAUGUCAAUUGUUUGAUUAAAACACUGACACACGUACGCAUCCGCUUACCGUGCUCAGCUCAUGUUUUUUGUACAUCUGAAGAUCGAACGUUAUGAUCAAAAUGUUCCAUUUAUAGUAAUAUAAAGUAAAAUUUUAGGUUGAGCUCUUUAUUAAUCACAAAUGCUACGAUUGUCCUUUAAAAUGGCAUGUUUUAUGGUUAAUAUGCAAACCACAACAAAAACACAAAAUCCCUUUGUUUUAGCCCCCCCCCCCCCCCAAUAAAAAAAAUGAAUAAAUAAAAAAUUAAAAAAUAAAUAAAUAAAAUAAUGCCUUUUAUACAAAUACCUUGAAACAAACAUAUUAAACCGCCUGAAUAACCUACUCUUGGUAUAUGUUAAAGGCGCUGAAGCAUUUUAUGUUUAAUUCAUUUCUUGUAGUAGAUAUCCGCACCGAAAGCAUGUUCUUGAGACCAUGACAUAACUAAAGAUUUCCACAACCAACUUGUAGUCUAAAUAAUUUAUAUUUUAGCACUAUUUUCAUUCAUUCGCGUUUUGUUUGGAAAUAACACCAUCCUCUUAUUAUUAUUUUUUUGUGGGGGGGGGGGGGAUUGGUAAUUGCAAAGUAACAGAAACCGCGUAUUCUUCGUUUCAAAUCGAAAUCAGAAUAAAAAAAAUAAUCAUGCUGAUAUCCAGGUGAUACCUCAAACCAUUAAUCGUCCGUCCCCGUCUACCAUCUCCUUCGCAGCAAAAAAAUACCUCGCAGUCAAAGUUGAAUUUAAAGUCCAUUAUGGCAGCCAUCUUUCAUACUUAGUUGAACAACUUAAAAUAUCUUGAUUUGAUUUUUCCUAAUCAAUAUGAAAAACGCCCUUAAUAUCGGACAAUACUUCAAAGACGGGUUUUAAUCGAAUUGACAAAGAAAUUUGAUUUCUUAAAUAAAGGACUUAAAUUCCUACUUUAUUGAACAGUUCAAAUAUUGGCUAGUGUUUAUGAGAUAUACUAUUUUAAAACUAAAUUACUUUCUAAAUACUCCUUUAAAUUCCACGAAAUUAUCAUAUUGUGGUAGUAAAGGCUGGAUAAAAAUGUAACGGUAAAAGUGCUGGGUAAAAAUGCAGCUCAUCGUCACAUUACACAAAUAUAAAACAGAAAUAUAGAAUACACAAACAUAAUCAAUCAAAACAUACAUAGUUACAUUAAUUAUUACGCGUUUUAAAUGAUUUUUGUAUCAUAAAUCAGGGUACCCAUGUGCUUUUAGUUUUUAUUUGAUUAUAUGUAUAUAAGAACUUUUCGAAGUACCCUCAUAUUUACUAAAAUACUUCUUUUGACCAGAUAUUAUAACUGUUUCUCCUUUUCAUUGCGUUUAUCAAGAUUGCAUUCUUUAAUAAUGUUUUGCAAAUACUUAUAAUUCUUAUUUGUUAGUAGAAUGUUAAACUUUUUAUUAUACUAUAUACAAUUUCUUGUAAUGUUUUAUUUGUUUGAUAUUGUAAGCUUUUGCAUCGUAUACUUUAAUGUUUUGAUUCUGGGUCAUAUUUACCUUAAUCAACCAAAUAUGUUUAAAGUGACACUCGUAUUUAAAAUCAAUACAUACACAUGUAUAACAAACAUAAGUUUGAGUGAUUUAGCCUUUAUUACUUACUAAAUAAUGUAUUUAUGGAAAAUAUUAUUUACUGAUAACAAGAUUGUAACUUAAAACGUACAAAUAUUAAAUUACUCACGGGUCCGAAAAGAUUUACAGUGAUCAACUAUCGUCUCAUAACGUAGAAAUAUCGUGUUUUCUGCACCUUUCUUUUAAAUUAAACACAGGUAUUUUUCAUCAGAACCAUUGUUUUCGAUACUCAUUCAGCCAUAUCGGUAAAUUUAAACAAUUGUCUUAAUUGUGGUUCAUCUUAAUUGGGAGUAAGAGUGCAUGGUGAAGUAUAUGCAUUCGAUAAAUAAAUGUUCUUUGUGAGGAAAUACGUCUCUUGGUUUGCAUGACAUUGUCCAAUUAAACUCAUUUUCAAGUGAUAAAUAACGAUCCCUAUCUUGUUGUUUAAAAGGUUUAAUAUACUUGUAUGACCAACUUGCUUUUUGUUGUUGUUUUUUAUCAUAAUUGUUUCAUUUGUGUGUUGUUUUUUUUAAUAUAAAGGUUUUGAAUAUAUAAACAUUUUGAAUCCAACUCUGAAAGCUGUCAAAAAUCAGUUUUCGUUUAAUAAUGUGGCUUAGCAAUUUUAGCAGUAGAAGUGAAUUUAAAGAAAAUAUGUAGAAAUGGUUUUUUUUCACGACAUACAUAUUGUCCUACCUAAUUCAAUUCAAUACUUGAUUUCUUCAGUACUGAAGGUAUAUGAAUAUGCAGACGGAUCGUUUUUAUAGAAGACUGCAAUCUUUUAAAAAAGAUAACUUAUUCGACCCAUGUUAGAGAUCCAUGUUAAUAAGGCUUCACAACAAAAUCAUGUUAACGGUCAAUGUUUAUAAAAGACCAAGAUUUUACAGGAAAUGAAAACGUGAUUAAUUCUACUCAUUGAUAAAGACAUAUUUCUUCGAUUAUUGUUUAGUUGUUCUUUUUUCUUAUAAUUGGUAUUGUUAUUAUCAUGCGUAUAUUAGUAUAGGUAUUAGUAUUGCCAUAAGUAUUAGUAAUUUGUAUAUAAUGUGUAUUUAAAUGAAGUGAAAUGAAAAACGUAAGGAUUUUUCCCGGUAAAAAAUUGUAUUUUUUGAGUUGAGUUUGAGUUGAGUUGAGUGUAUUUUUGGAAGAUGUUAAAAGUAACCUCUUAAGACGAAUACACUUAAAUAUGAUAAACGUAGGACAUUUUAAUGUGCAUGUAUUUUUACAAUACAGUGCCUUAAUUGUUGCAAUAUGGGAACAGCUUACACAAGGAAUUUACUUACUUACCUUUAUUAUGUUUUAGUUUGGAUCUUAUGCAAGAAUAACUUAGAUUUGAAUAGGUCUGUUACUAUACCAUAUAAUUUGUUUGCAUCGUAUGUAAAAUAAAACGCUUCACCUGUAGGUUUUUACCAUAUAA